AGCACACACUUAUGGCAAUAUCAACAACUUACACCUUUGCUGCACUGCUAUUAUCUAUCUUCUUCCUUUCUCUGCCACUCCAAUCAGGUGGGAUAGGGAUGGGGGCAUCAAUGGAUGAUGAGGUGAAGAAGGAGAUAAAGAUGGGGUUGGGAUCAAAACCCCCUGCUUGCCUGAAUAGAUGCAUGAGUUGCAGGCCAUGUGUGGCAACCCUAGCAAUACCAUCCCAAUCCCAAAAGAGGAGCCCCUUCAUCUAUGUCAAGUUCUCUCAUGCUCAAGAUGACACCUAUUAUCUUCUCUCUUGGAGAUGCACCUGUGGGAACAAACUCUUUCAACCCUGAUACUCAAAUUCUAUAUUUAUGUAAUGUAAUUCUUCAUCAACUAUAUUUGUCUAUAUAUGGUUUCUUCAUACAUGAACAUCACCCAUAAGGUUUCUUGA